CUGACAGUCUUUCUUCGUCUCUGAUCGAAGACUACAAAACCCUAACUUUGGUGAUUCCAUGGCGAUGCGGUACUCCGGCAAACCCUAGUCUCUCUGCCAUGGAGGGAUCGUCUCGGCGGUCCUGGGAUCGCACGGUGCUGGAGCCGUUUGCGGAGAUCGACCUGGCAGAGAUUGCUGGCCUCUCCUCUGCUACCCUACUCUCGAUCCGCUCCGUUUCGCUCUUUUCCGAUUCUCAUCAAACAUUAGUCUUGAUUGGCACCGGUGGAGGCAAGCUUCUCCUCCUAUCCCUUGAUUCUUCAUCUAAAUCCAUUGAGCUUUUGCGAUCCGUGUCCAUUAGUAAUCUUCCAAUUGAGUCCAUCGAGAUCUUGACGGAAAUUGAUAGGAUACUAGUUCUCUCGGAUGGGUUCUUGUUUCUUGUUGAUCGGCUUUUGCUGCAAGCCGCGCGGAAGCUGGGGUUUAUUAAGGAUGUGACUGCGGUGGUGAAAAGAUUGGGUUUUGGGGACUUCUUAAAUUUGGAUUUUUCAGGUGAUGGGCUUUUGAAAGCUGAUGUCUCGAGUGCGGGGCAGAGGCUGCUGCAAAAAUUGGGCUCAGGGAUUCGAGCCAAUGGUUUGAAGCAGCUGAGAGCUUCAGAAUCGCAUAGGGACAAGGAAUCCAAUUGUCUCAUUGCGGUUGCGGCAUUGAAAAGGUUGGUAUUGGUUGAGCUGACAGUGUCUGCGACCAUUGAUGUGGACAUUGAUUAUGGGGGUAUUUUAGUGCGUUUGAAGGAGAUGCAAGGUGUUGAGGGGGUAAAGACAAUGGCUUGGAUUGGAGACUCUGUAAUAGUGGGAAGUUUGGAUGGUUAUAUGUUGUUUUCUGCAAGCUCAGGGAAAUGCACCCCUAUUUUUUCACUCCCAGAAUCUUCAGGACCUCCAAAGUUGCUGCCUUUGUUGAGGAGCAAGGAAGUGCUUUUGUUGGUGGACAAUGUGGGUGUGAUUGUAAAUGAUGUUGGACAACCAGUGGGAGGGAGCUUGGUUUUCCAGUAUGUUCCAGACUCCAUUGUUGAGAUGUCUUCACAUGUGAUUGUUGCAAGGGACAGUAAGAUGGAAUUGUAUAGAAGGAAGACGGGUACCAGCAUUCAGUCACUAAAUUUUACAAAGAGUGGUAGUGGCCCUUGUGUUGUGGCAAGUGAUGAGCAACGAAGUGGAGAAACUGUUGUGGUUGCGACAUCUCAUAAGGCUAUUUUUUUACAUAAAGUGUCCACUGAAGAGCAAAUUAAAGAUUUAUUGAGGAAAAAUAACUUUAAGGAAGCCAUCAGUUUGCUUGAAGAGGUGGAAUCAGAGGGUGAGAUAACAGAGGAAAUGCUUUCAUUCAUCCAUGCACAACUUGGGUUCCUAUUGCUUUUUGAUCUGCAUUUUGAAGAAGCUGUAAUUCAUUUCUUGCUCUCAAAGACUAUGCAACCCUCGGAAGUUUUUCCUUUUAUAAUGCGGGACCCAAAUCGUUGGUCUCAUCUGGUUCCAAGGAAUCGAUAUUGGGGGUUGCAUCCUCCUCCUGUACCUCUUGAAGAUGUUGUUGAUGAUGGACUGAUGGCCAUUCAACGCGGUAUGUUUCUUAGAAAAGCAGGUGUAGACACAUCUGCAGAUGAGGAUUUUCUUUCAAACCUACCAAGUAAGGCUGAGCUAUUGGAGUCGGGCAUCAAAAACAUUAUAAGGUAUCUAUGUGUCUCACGGAAUAAGGAUUUAAUUCCUUCUGUUCGGGAGGGUGUUGAUACCCUUCUUAUGUAUCUCUAUAGAGCCCUCAAUCAUGUAGAUGAUAUGGAGCAACUAGCAUCAUCUGAAAACAGCUGUGUGGUGGAGGAAUUGGAAAGUUUGUUAGGUGACUCUGGGCAUUUGCGGACGCUUGCAUUCCUGUAUGCUAGCAAGGGGAUAUCUUCAAAAGCUUUAUCUAUCUGGCAUAUAUUAGCAAGAAAUUAUUCAACUGGAUUAUGGAAAGACACCUCAAUUUCUGUAGAGCAUGACUUACCAGAUGUUUCUAUAGAUUCAAUCUCAGGGCAGAAAGCUGCUGCCAUUGAAGCAUCAAAGCUUCUUGAGGAGUCAGCUGAUGAAGAUCUGGUCCUUGAACAUCUCGGAUGGAUUGCAGAGAUUGACCAAGAUCUUGCAGUCCUGAUAUUGACAUCCGACAAAAGGGUGAAUCAGCUUCCACCUGAGGAGGUCCUCAAAGCAAUUGACCCAAAAAAAGUUGAGAUUCAGCAGAGAUUUUUGCAGUGGUUGAUUGAGGAUCAAGACUCUGAAGACAUCCGUUUCCAUACGUUAUAUGCUCUUUCUCUUGCCAAAUCUGCUAUUGAAGCUAUUGAAAGCACAAGUGGGAAUGUUGACUCCAAAGCUGAUCAUGAGAAGAAAGUUUCUGAUGUUGAUAGCGGACCUGGAAAUUCAAUCAGGGAAAAAUUGCAAGUAUUUUUGCAGGUUUCAGACUUAUAUGAUCCUGAAGAAGUGCUUGAUUUGAUAGGCAGAUCAGAAUUGUGGCUGGAAAAGGCAAUCUUGUGCAAGAAGAUGGGCCAAGAAACAUUGGUACUGGAAAUUUUGGCUUUGAAACUGGAGGAUUGUGAAGCUGCUGAACAGUAUUGUGCUGAGAUUGGUAGAGAUGAUGCCUACAUGCGGUUACUGGAUUUGUAUUUGGAUCCAGAAGAUGGAAAGGCACCCAUGUUAGAUGCUGCAGUUCGUCUUCUCCACAAUCAUGGAGAAUUCCUUGAUCCUCUACAAGUGUUAGAGAAACUAUCUCCUGAGAUGCCUCUUCAGCUUGCCUCAAAUACAAUAUUAAGAAUGCUGAGAGCUCGAGUUCAUCAUAGUCACCAAGGACAGAUUGUUCAUAACAUCUCAAAAGCUAUGAAUCUUGAUGCCCAGUUAGCUAGAAUAGAGGAGAGAUCAAGGUAUGUCCAAAUAAGUGAUGAAAGCAUUUGUGAUUCCUGUCACGCCCGCCUUGGAACUAAGCUCUUUGCAAUGUAUCCAGAUGAUUCAAUAGUUUGUUACAAGUGUUACCGUCGUCUAGGAGAAUCAGUGUCAGCCCGAGGUCGUGAUUUCCAGCAAGAUCCUGUUUUCAAGCAGGGUUGGCUUGUGACCAGAUAACAUCCUUCAGUUUUAGUUAUAAAUCAAGGUUCUCAUCCUAUCACUGCUUAAAAUUUUAAAUAUGUCGGCGGCCGAGCUCAUUGAAGGUAUCAUCAACUGCUCUCGGUACCAUAUCCUUUUAUUGGUACCUCUUAUGAAAGUGAUAUGGGUCUCUUGGUAACAUGUUACAGCAUUAUUUAUUGGUGUUAUGAUUUUUUUC